AUGGACGCGGAGGGCGGCACCGACCAGUAUAUCCAUCUAUUUGCUCCCGAGUUCUCCUUUGGCUUCCAAGACGUUAUCGACGAGCGGAACCUGUGGACGCGUCGCGGGGUCCGGGAUGAAUUCAACAAACUCAUUGAACACGUGGAUAAGAGCACCGCGGAGGGUGGCAUAGACCUGAUUGUUUUUGGCACCUGCGAGUUCGACUUGAACGUCUGGCAUAGCGAGCUCACCGUUGCUUGGAACAAUCGGGCCGCAGACGACAAGUUCAAGAUUGUAUGCAUCGUGCACAACGUCGAUGACGUCAAUUGGCAGCGCCAUAUCCCCUACUGGGCCCGAAGGGAAGCCAUCCGGCUCCUCCCCAUUGCAGACCACGUGGCGCAUACAUUCAGGGACCGAUUUGCAGUACAGGCCGAGGAUACCGAGCCGCUACUGUACACCGCGGGGUAUGAUCAUAUCCCAAUCGACGUUCACGUCCCGGUGCUAGACAUCCCCAACCUGCCUACGAAAUCACUUCCACGGUACCUUUCCAAAGCGGUCAUCCAGGGUACAUUCUCCGUGGGGCGCCGAAACUACGCUGUCGUCUUCAGGGACUUGAUCGCCUCCCUUCACGCUGACCCCGGGGCCUGGGGAUAUCACCCACUCGAGGGCCGCAAGUCAUUUGUCCCGGAUCCCGAUUCUCGCGCACCGCCGUUCCAGCUCCUCCUAGUCGGGUCCGGAUGGCUCGAGAUCCCCGAGGAGUUGGCGUACAUCGUCAGCAUGCAUACGGAUCUGCCUUACAACGACUUUUACAAACUCAUCGCUGAUUGUGACGUCGUCGUGCCUGCGUUUGCGGACAAUACCUAUUUGACCGUUCAGGCAAGCUCGACUAUGGCACUUGCCACAGAACUCAACGUUCCUAUACUCGUUACAAAUCGCACACGUCGCGCCUAUGGAUACAUCGACGAUGCUCGUGCCGUCAUCACCCGGCCAGCAGCCAUGCCGGAGGUGCAGGCCCUGAAAGCACUCCGCACCGGCAAUGCAUCCGCCUUCCUCUCCUCGGACCCCGCCGACAUUGGGCAGCCAAUUGGCGAUUUGCAGCCUGUUCGGGAAGCGGUCGGUGCGAUGAUGAACGAAGGCUGGGUGAAGGAUCGGCAAGGCUGGGACGACUGGAAAGCGGCGGUAUGGAGGAGGAAUAGAGCGGUUGCGGAGAAGAUCCUGCGUGAUAUGCCGUGA